UAAUUCAGGGCAAUAUGACGUUGAUUAAAGAAAUCAACAAUCUACGGAGAGAAGUGUCACUCUUGAAGGACGAGCGAGCUGCAGAGGAGCGACUGAGUUUGUCUGAAAUCUCAGAGAUGCCUGGAUCGACAAUUGAGCACAAAUCUACUGAGAAGAGCCAGGAGGCUGACGUGGAGCGCAAG